CCCUUUUGAUAAAACAGCCCAAUGGACAUCCUGGUCUCGACACAGCUUUCCCUUGAUUCCCUUCUCUUAUAAGAUCAGCCCGUUCCUAUUCCAAUCACCAGACCAGACCACUCACAAGAUCGCGGGAUUUCAUCGCGCUCAAAACUCACCUGCAGAAGCAGAGAUGUCGAAGGUCGAAGAACCGGCUAUGGGAGUUCCAGUAUACACGGUACAGAAUCCGUACCAAGCCGGAAUGAUCCCGCCAAACGCUGUCUACGGCGACCCCAAGGGCGUCCCUAUCCACCAGACCAUUUACAGAGACACUCCCGCUCCCUUCAACUGCGCUUACUGCGGCGAUACCGGACUAACCCAAGUCAAAUCAAAGCCGAGUGCGGCAGCUGUUGUGGCUUGUAUGAUGCCUAUGAUGCUUGGAUGUUGUUUUCUUCUGCCUUCCUGUGACUGCCUCUGGCAUAAGUAUCAUUACUGCCCAAACUGCCAAGAGAAGGUUGCUGAUUUUGAGAAGUCGGACCCUUGUCUUGUUGUGGAUCCUCCAAGCUGGACAGAGCGUAGCUAUGCACUGCCUGCGUGAUGAUCUGUAUUUCACACUUUGUAUGCGGCUUCUUCUCUGUUUAUUAUACAUUUUAAGAUUUGUUAGUACAUAUAUAUUAGUUUUAAGAUGUUGUGUUGAACCAUAUACGAGUUUGGAAAAAUGGUGGCUUGGCUGCAUAAUAAUACGGAGUGAUAGUAUUUUUCAGUA